UCAUCGCGCAUCGUUUCCAAACAAUACUCAGGAAAAAGCCACGUUGACGAUCCAGACAGAAGUGUAGUCCACAAUUUCGGGAAGAAUAAGGCAGCAAAUUAUUUGUCAGACGCUCUGGUUGCUUCCCGCCGCUGACUCAGGAUCAGAGCAGACAUGUCGUCGCCGCCGAAGGAGAAAGUGGAAACCAAAGGAGGACAUCUCCCUGCAGUAAAGGCAGGAGGUAUGAGGAUAGUACAGAAGCACCAGGCUGCUGCUACUCCGGAGCCACCGCAGAAAGAUGAUGAUGAAGAGGAGUACGUCAGCAGCAGUCCACCAAAGGCCCCCAUGAUUGUGUCUGGAGUGGUUACAAAGGGUGAUAAGGACUUCACCCCUGCAGCUGCCCAGGUGGCCCACCAGAAGCCCCAGCCUUGUGUCCCCAAGCUGCCCUCUGUCCAGCACAUCAACCAGCACAUCCACCAGCCCCGCAAGUGAGCCACGCAGCAGGCUACAACGGCUACGCUAACUCCACCAGCCGGCCUUCCCCAAUGGAACACAUAGGAUGAAGAUGUUUCCCCACCAGGCACAGAUCUCCUCUAAAUAAUCAGAGUAGUUGUUAGCCUGUUGCGUUACACGUACGAGGAAUUAAUCAGCAACAGACACCCAAUGCCAUUACAGCCAUUAUAGAAGUCCCACUCAUUACAGCCCUGCUGCAUUGGUGUUGAACUAUUAGUUCUGCACUUUUGGCAGCUGUAUAGUCUUAAGGAGGUAGACAUGGAUGGAGGGUCUUGUAAUAUGGCUAUCACUCUAGGAUUAAACAUUAAUGAAGAAGCUGAUCUCAGAUCUGAGUCUGUGGGGGGAACUCUCACCCCAAGUGAUGUGCUGACCAAUACCACACACCACAGCAACCAGCCAAUCACAGCAACCUAUCAAUCAGGCCAACUAACCAACCAAUCACCUCACAGUGACGAGCCCAAGCUCCAGCCUUCUACCUAUGAUCUCUGCAGACCAAAAUAACCAAUCAGCAAAAUUAUGAGGUGGACAGCGGUUUUACAUUAUCAACGCAAACCAAAAAGAGCACAGCAAGCAGCUUCUACAUGGCUCACUUUCGAUGUGUGUGUGCGUGUGUGUGUGUGUGUGUGUGUGUGUGUGUGUGUGUGUGUGUGUCACUUGAGACUGUUGCCAAAUUGCACAAGUACAGCAUGGACCAGAGUUAAAGUAGCUAACUACAUGACAGCAUUAACCAAUUAUUAGAGAUAUAGUCAUUUAUCAGCCUCCAAUUGAAAUUUGUAAAAUAUAUUCUCCUCGGACGAAAGAUUGGACAUUUUCAAUAUUAUAGAUGGAGAAGCAGUGAGAUGCAAAGCCUUACCAAUUUCUGGCUGUGGCUGUCACUAACCAAGUAGCUACUUGAUGCAUGUUGUAAGUGUCAUGUCUCAAGACAGCUAGCUACGGUUAUAGCAGAUGCUAAUAUAGCUUUUGGACCAUGACAAAACUUAUUUAGCUUUUACUACAGUUUCCUUCUGUGUCACUGUUCUGAGCUUUAUUUGACACCAGAGUAAGUCUUACUGAUCUCCGAUCUGCUCUCCACUUCUGUCUGCCUUGUUGGAGCUGUCCAUCCCUCCCUGGCAGUGGUAAUUCAUUUUAAUGCAAACUCCACCUGCUCCAUCGUCUCCCAGCAGUGCCUCAUUCGCUUGGAUUUUAAGAUGUUUUUGUCUCAUUUGACUUGCAUGGAUUUAUAUUUUUUCUGCUAGAGUCAACUGAAAUGAAAAUGCAGCCAAAAAUGUAAUGAAACCUAGAGAAUGCCAUUUACUGCAGUGUGCUUUUGUGUUUGCAUUAACAUUAGGAGUAAUGUACUUUCAUCACAAGUUGAACAAAGCAUUGCAGAGAAGCAGUUCAGAAAAUAUUGAGGCUCUUAACUGUAAGACGAAGGUAACCGUUGCCCAAAACAGUGAUUUCUACAUUCCACAGAAAUGUGUUUGAACAAAUAUGUCAACCAUGUGACAGUUUGUCAGUGUACAAAGACAAUACAAUACAUUUAAUUGUACUUGCCAGGAUAUCUGCAAGUAUGGCUUGUUGCAUAUCAGGAAUCUGGUUCAGCCCCCAAAAUCCAGAUUGGCCUUUCCUUAUAAAUUAUGCAUAUCAACAUACACACACACAAACAACACACACCACCCUUUUCCUUAAUCACCCAUCCCCUUACAGUCAAAUGUCAUUUGUGGCAACACUAAUGUUCAGGUUUCCAGGAAAGAAAGAAAUUUAUCUUGCCAAGAAGGAAUGAUUUCCUGUGUUAAUUUAAUUAACUUUGAAAGAGUUUUAUUUUUGUUUUGCUCAGUUCUUUUUCUUGAGUAAAUUGUUCAAAUUGUACAAAUCUUUAGUCAUUGAGUGGACUUAGGUAUUAGGUGUGGUUGUUAUAGUAAAUAAAGAAAUAGACUAUCUUAAAAAUG